CUGUGACGUAUCAACCGACAAAAUGGCGGUCACGGUCUCCAUGUUUCGGUGGAUCGACCUUCUUGAAAAAGAAUUUGAUAAGGCAUUCGUGGACUUGGACCUUCUUCUCGGCGAAGUAGAUCCCGACCAGAGUGAAAUCACAUACGACGGUCGGCAAAAAAUGACUUCGUUGUCCUCCGUGUUUGCUCAAAUGGUCCACAAGGCACAAGCAAUAUUUCAAGCAAACGCGAAAUUGGAGGCUGAACUUGUGUCAUUGCGACAUGACAUUACUGAAGAGCAUGCUGCCAGGGAAGUUUUGGAAAAGGAGGUUACAAGUCUUCUUGUUCAGUUGCAUAGAGUUCAGUUGCAGCUGCAUUCUAAUGCCGAAACACCAGACUCAGAAAGUAUUCGUGAAAAAUUGGAAAGCGAGUUGAAUAAACACAAGAAGGAUGCGACGAAGGAAGCAAAAAUCGUAGCGAUGAUGAAGCAAUACGAGAAAGAAAACAUUGAAUUGAGAAAUCACGUGUUUAGUCUACAGGGUGAAGUAUAUGGAGCCAGACUCGCUGCAAAAUAUCUUGACAAAGAACUUGCUGGCAGAAUUCAGCAAAUUCAAUUGUUAGGGCGAGGUUCGCGUGGUCAGGAACACAAUGCCAUGUGGAAUCAAAUUGAGGCAGAAAUCCAUCUUCAUCGUCAUAAAACCGUCAUACGUGCGUGCCGAGGAAGAAGAAACCCUUUAAAGAAAACGCCCGCUCCCCCCGCUGCACGCGAUGCUGAGGACGCAGAUUCAGAUCAGAAGAACCGUCGACGGAGGGGAAUAGGCGACACGCGGACGGUUCUCUUAUGUAAGAGUAAGAGCGAAGGUCUUGGAAUUUCCAUCACUGGGGGCAAAGAGCACGGCGUUCCGAUUCUUAUUUCGGAAAUCCAUCCCAGGUUACCGGCGGAGCGCUGUGAAGGACUCUACGUUGGCGACGCCAUUUUGUCAUGUAACGGAAUAGAUCUACAGGAAGCGAAGCAUUCGGAAGCCGUGAAAGUGCUGUCGUCUUUACAAGGUGAAAUUGUGAUGGAAGUCCUCUAUGUUGCACCCGACGAUUCAAGUGAUGAAGAUGAAGUUGACUGGGAAAAGAAGGACGAGAAGAGAUUUAGUUCUCUGAGCCGUUUUGAAGAUCCACAUGAAUUGGCGAACGCCGAGGUACACUGCACAAACUCUACGACAGAAUCAAUUCACUUCAAGAAUGAAGAAAGGGAAGAUGGCGAAGAAUUUAUUAAAACUAAAAGACAAGAUAUGAAACUUCCUCUCGAUACUGCUCGCCGUAGCAAGCCUCCAAGCAGAACAAAUCGUCGCAUCCCUGGAGUAGCUGUUGAUCUUCGUUCGCCGGGAUCUCCUCACUCUCAUACGUCUGCACAAUGUUCUAAUGAACAUAACGGUUCAAGAAAAAGCCUCUUGAGUCCUACGUCAAUAAAGCAAUUACAUUCACCGGACUCGUUGUCACCAGUCUCCAUUACAUCUCUUACUGAUAUCACUCAUUUAAGUAGGUGACGUAUUUCGGGUGCAGAGGAUUGAGUUCUGCCAAUUUUAAACGAGAAGUUACUGAAGAUGCUAUGACUAAUACACCAUUGAAUGAGUCAAGCCUAAUUAUACUCGGUUAUGAUGCCAAUGUCAUGGUGCAUGCGCUUUGUCAAACUUUAGGAAAAUGGAAACUUUGCGGGAGUUCAAACUCCUGCUCCGGUCGAGCUUUAGCUUCCGUAGAAAUUGUGUUUCUCUAGAAAUCCUUGAAAUUGCGCUCACCGUAUGUCAACAACAUUAGACUGAUUUAGCAAACACGACGUUUCGUCUAAGUCGUCGUGUAAUUUUCGGGAGGGAUCUGGGUCUAGGACGCCAAUACGUCGUAAAGUAUAUUUAUGAUUUAGCAAACCUUUUGUAGGACUUCGUCAAAGAAUAGUAUCGGCAUUUCGCUGGCCCGUUUUUUUUUUUUAAACUAAUGUUUUUAUAUAAAAAUGUACUUAUUUUUCUCCUAACGUUGAGUUUGCUUCAGUCGUCGUCGAUAAGCCGUCAAAUUGCAUGUUUUCACGUCGUAGUCGUCAACACGACUGCCGUCGUAGAGUGAACCGGAAGUAAAAGGCGCGUGCCACGCCAUUUUUACAACGUCUUACACGAAACGUCCUGUUUGCUAAGUCACUCUAACGUUCCUGCUAGAACGCUCAGACUGAGACGUUAUGGAUUAAGGAGCUAUGACAAAUAGGAUAUUGCCAGUCAUCUAAUUGCUGACCAAUUGCCACUAUAGCGGUAGUAAUAGAAGUUUACUUUUUUUAUUGACAACAAUCUCGUAUUUUCGCGGUUUUGCUUGCAAAAGUUAGUACGAAUAAUCACUACCGUGAGAGAGAGAAGAUUGUUGUGAAUAAGCGCGUAGCUUUUUAAAUAUGGAGAAAUACGUAGAAAUGUGUAAGAAAAACUUAAUUCUGAAGGACGAAUGAGGAAAAAAGUGUGAUGUGAUCAAAAGAUUAAUAAAAGAAGAAAUAGCGGCAGAAA